GGCUCCCCCUCGCGGCGCUGAGCCGAGCUGAGGCGUCGGCAGGCGGGCGGCGCCAGGACCCCCCGUCUCCCGGGGGCAGCAUCAUGGUCCGGGAGACCAGGCACCUCUGGGUGGGCAACCUGCCGGAGAACGUCCGCGAGGAGAAGAUCAUCGAGCACUUCAAGCGAUAUGGACGUGUUGAAAGUGUCAAAAUUCUCCCCAAAAGGGGAUCGGAAGGCGGCGUGGCGGCCUUUGUGGAUUUUGUGGACAUUAAGAGUGCACAGAAGGCACACAAUUCUGUCAACAAAAUGGGAGACAGAGACCUUCGGACGGAUUAUAAUGAACCAGGAACCAUCCCUAGUGCCGCUCGGGGAUUGGAUGAUACAGUUUCCAUAGCAUCUCGUAGUAGAGAGGUUUCUGGGUUCAGAGCUGGUGGUGGGCCCACGUAUGGCCCACCACCAUCACUUCAUGCACGGGAAGGACGCUAUGAGCGGAGACUUGAUGGGGCUUCAGAUAACAGGGAGCGUGCUUAUGAGCCUAGUGCCUAUGGACACCAUGAACGGGGGACAGGAGGAUUUGAUCGCACGAGACAUUACGACCAGGAUUAUUACCGGGAUCCUCGGGAACGGACUUUGCAACACGGACUCUAUUACAGUUCUCGGAGUCGCAGCCCGAGCCGCUUUGAUGCUCAUGACCCUCGUUACGAACCUCGGGCUCGGGAGCAGUUUACAUUGCCCAGUGUGGUACACAGGGAUAUCUACCGGGAUGACCUCACCAGGGAGGUCCGAGGUAGAAGGCCAGAAAGGAGUUACCAACACAGCAGGAGCCGGUCCCCCCAUUCCUCCCAGUCCAGGACACAGUCUCCCCAGAGACUCGCGAGUCAAGCGUCCAGACCCACUCGAUCGCCCAGCGGAAGCGGUUCUAGGAGCCGGUCUUCGAGCAGCGAUUCAAUCAGCAGCAGCAGCAGUACCAGCAGCGACAGGUAUCGUCCUCCCUCUGCAGGCGUGGGGCAUCUUUUGCUUUGGGUCCCGGUAUUGAUCCCAUAA